UCUUAUUGCUUUAGUUAUUUUACUUUAAAGGAAGGCCGAGCCUCCUUCGUUUUUAUUUUUUGUUUAUUUUCUUUCCUUAAAGGGAAGGCCGAGCCUCCCGAUCUGCCCUUUCUUUGUUAUAUGGUUGGCUAUGCCACCUAAUUUUUGUCCUUUACAUUAUUAUAUGGUUGGCCGUGUCACCUAAUUUUCGUUCUUUUUAUAUGGUUGGCUGUGCCACCUAAUUUUUGUUCAUUACAUCUACUUUUUGUUAUUUUAUGUCAUAUUGGUAUCGUGAAUUAAAUUCUCAUCGUUUAGGUAAAGAUAAUUGUGAAACUUUCUUUAGUAAUUUAUUUGACUCACCUCAACACUCACUCACAUCUUCCACCAUGGCUGAUAAUGAAAGCAUACACGAUGAAAAUGAAAACCAACAAGUACGAACCAUGCGUGAUUACUUGCAACCUCCUCGAAAUUCUGCUCCUUCAUGUUUCAUUUUUCCUCUUAAUGCUAAUAAUUUUCGAUUCAAGCCGGGUAUGAUUCCAUUACUUCCUAAUUUUCAUGGCUUAGAAUCCGAAAGUCCAUAUUUGCAUCUUAAAGAAUUUGAGGAAGUAUGUGCAACAUUUAACGAUCAAACUUGUCCCAACGAAAUUGUUAAGUUGAAAUUGUUUCCUUUUUCUCUAAAAGAUAAAGCAAAAACUUGGCUUAACUCUUUAAAACCUAGGUCGAUUGGCACAUGGCAAGAAAUGCAAAGUGAGUUUUUGAAGAAAUUCUUUCCAGCCCAUAAAACUAAUGCUUUGAAAAGACAAAUCCAAAAUUUUUCUCAAAAAACCAAUGAAGCGUACUUUCAAUGUUUAGAAAGAUUUAAAGAUUUGUUAAAUACAUGCCCACAUCAUGGUUUUGAAAAAUGGCGUACUAUAAGUUUCUUUUAUGAGGGCCUAACUCCUGAGGAAGACGGUCAUACAAAGGCCGAAUAAAGCUCUCUUGGAGCA